GUCUUUAGUUGCUCAUCACAAAGCAGUGAGUCAAGUUCAAAGCCGAAACAAGCAAAAAUUCCAUAAAGUCUUGUAAGAUGAAUAAAAUGGAUUUCCAAGACAAAAACGUCGUUUACGUUGGUGGUUUUGGUGGAAUUGGUUUUGCUACAUGCAAGUUACUUGUUAAGAAAAAUGUUGCGAACUUGACUAUCCUUGAUGUCAAGGAGAAUGCUGCCUUUUUGAAAGAACUCACGGCAUUGAAUCCCCGAACGAAGGUGUUGUUCAUGCAACUAGACUUGUGCAACAAGGAGCAGAUUGAAAAGGUCGUCAAGGAUGUGAUCGAAAAGAUGAAGUAUGUGGAUGUUCUGGUCAAUGGGAGUGGCAUGAUCAAUGACAAGAAGCCAGAAAUGACAAUGGGUGUUAACUUGCUUGGUUUGAUCCAUACCACUAUGAACAUGAUUCCUUAUAUGGAUAUGGCAAAUGGAGGACGUGGUGGAAUGAUUGUGAAUAUUGCCUCAGUUUUGGGAUUGGAACCUGGUCCAAUGCUUGCCAUCUAUACCGCUUCAAAGCAUGGUGUAAUGGGAUUCAGUCGGUCAAUUUCGGAUGAACAUUAUUUCAAACGAACAGGAAUUGCCAUUAUGACCAUUUGCCCUGGUAUCACUGUGACUGGAUUGUGGGAUACCUUCCAUGGAAAUGAUACCUUUUCAUAUUCGAAAAAACUUACCGAUGAAUUUAGUUCUGCUAAGAAUCAAAAUGCUGAAGAAUGUGCUGUGAAUUUUAUGAAAGCCAUGGAAACAAAGAAAAAUGGAUCCAUUUGGAUUCUUGAUUUGGGUAAAUUGGAAGAAGUCAAACCACACAAGUACUGGGGUUUACAAUUUUAAGAUGAAAGAUUUGUUAUAGAGAUUUUUUGAAUAUUUUUUUUGUUUUUUUUAAGGGUAAGGUUUUGAAGUGGAAAAGAAAUAAAUGUACAUAUGAACGGA